CACGCGGCAGCUUAAUGCCACCUGCAUGGAGGGAAGGAAAAGAGGGAUGCGUUCUUUCUGUUACCAAGGAGGAUAGGACGUCUCCCUCAGGGGUUUCUGGAGCAUAAGAAAAACAGAGGGACGAAGGCUUCCUUCUCGUCCUUCCUUCUCCUUGCUCUACAGCUUGGACUCGUCUGCCGGUGGUAUUAUGUUGCGUUGCUGGAGGGUGCCGACCUGAAUCCCCCGAGACUCUUCACGGCGGAGCAGCACGCCUGCCCCAAGUCGAACAUCUUCGCCGAGCUCGCUGUGCGAAGAGAUCCGCCGACCUCCUCCCUCGCCGCCGCAGUCAUCAUGUUCGACUCCCUGAGACGCGCCCUGCGCAAUGGCUCAGAGGAGCCCUCCACUGUCUCUUCGAGCCUACCCCUCUACUCGCCCCUCGCCGCCGACACUUUCGAGUCCUCCUCCUCCGCCGGCAUCGUAUCCGAUUCGAUAGACGACCUUCCCCUCUCAGGCAGCCAGGGCUCUCUCAAGGCCGCCCAGCGCCAUGCCGCCUCCUCCCAGCUAUGGCUGAGCCGGCCCUCCCUCUCACGCUUCCUCGCUGAUUUCACCCUCGGCUUUGCGGACGGCCUCACAGUGCCAUUCGCCCUAACGGCGGGCCUGUCGAGCCUCGGACAGACAGACACGGUGAUCUACGCCGGCAUGGCGGAGAUCUGUGCUGGGAGCAUAUCUAUGGGGAUUGGCGGGUAUCUGAGCGCCAAGGGGGAGGCUAGGGCUAGCCUCCCUGGGAAAGACACCGAUCCCAGCCAUGAGGAUGAUGAUGAAGAGGCUGGGGAGAGGUGUAUGGAUGAGAAGGCUGGCUUGGCUGUGGACAGCUAUCUUGCACCACUCGAUCUGCCUCGAGAACUACUUGACCUGGUUAGGCAGCAUGUGCACAGCAGGCAUGACGUGGCGACAGCAAUAGAGAGAAAGCUGGCCGUACAAGAGGAGGAGGAUAAAGAGGACGAAGAGCAGGAUGCCGGCCCUCAGCCUAUCAUGUCUGGCAUGUCUGUGGCACUAGGUUACCUUAUUGGCGGCAGCCUGCCUCUCUUUCCCUACUUCAUUGUCAAACAUGUCGGGGACGGCCUGCUAUGGAGCUUCAUUGUCUGCAUUAUCGCUCUCUUCUCCUUUGGGUUCAUCAAGGACUUUGUGCUGCACAUGCACAAGCAGAGAGAGGAGGUUUGGGUCAAGGAUAAGGGGCUGGGCAGGCUGGGCUGGAGGUGGGCAGAUGUGCGGAGGAGCUCAUGGGAGGGCACACAAAUGGUCAUGUUGGGCAGCAUGGCAGCACUGGCUGCUGUGUUCUGUGUGAGGCUUUUUGAUGGGAUGGGGUAUGGUGGCCCUGAGCAUUGAUGGCAGGUUGAUGUGUCUCAGACUAGAUAGUCAAGCAGCAUACCAAUAAUGCAUCAUCCACUUGAACACG